AUGGACAGGAGGAACCCAGCCGUCUCAUUCAGCCCCACUUUGUUGAUCCCGUGUCAGGCUGCGAGUGUUACUGCCCAGUGCCUGGUUCAAAUUUCAUCAAAGGGCUUCCAAACGGCAAAACCAUCGAUCAAGAGUGGCUGGCUGCCCAGUAGUCUUGCACACCCCCUUGGACCUCGUCGCACACCCCCGUCACGUUAUCAACUGCAGCGCCCCUGCGUCACGACAGCUAGAACCUUCGGCCGUCGAGCAUCGGGCAUCUGGUACCAUGGUCUGAUCGUGUUGGCCAAGGGAUGUACUUUGUGCCAAGCCUUUUCUGCGACUGUGGACGGAACAUCGAGUAGACUCCGGGCCAUCUACAAACCACCAUCGCAGGCUGCUGCUCUGGAGAUUCUCCUGCAGCAUGGGACAUGA